AUGAAUCCAUUUCAACAACUUUUUAUCAUAUUAUUUAUACAACUUGUUUCUUCGAAUUGUGUGAUUGAAUACGACCAAGUAAGCAACUGCGUAUACACUUCAUCUCCACUUGAGUGUAGUGGGGACAUCACAAUUCCUUCUCAUUGCCAUUGUGUCAAGGAGAAGGGUUUCCAAAAAUCGAAAAUUUCAACAAUCACAUUUUUAUCAACAGAUCCGGUGGAAGUCAACAAGUAUGCCUUUGACACGAGUGACUUGACCAAAUUUGUAUCGACAAAAAUAUCAAUUAUUGGUGAAUAUGCUUUUCAAAAGUGCUAUUUUUUAAGUGAAAUUUCGAACAUAAAAACAGUCACUUCCAUUGGACAAUAUGCCUUUUUGAAGUGCUUUUUACUCACAAAGUUUGAGUUUUCGGAUGACUUGCAUGAUGUUGGCAACUACGCGUUUGCUGGUGCUGCGCUCAAGAAGGCGAAGUUAUCAAAACUUACUACAGGUGGAUAUGAAUGGCAUACGAACACUUCCAGACUCCAUCUUUUCUGGUGA